AUGGCGGCCCCGGUGGUACGGUUCCCGAUCUUUGCGGUGGUCAGAAUUCUCGGCGUCGCCAUUGGUAUUAAUAUGGACCUUCCAUUUCAGAGGCGGAAUGGCUCUCUUCUCCGAUCAUAGAAACCAAAUUUUUAAUGUUCAUCCUGUAGUGCUGCUGAUUGGCCUUGUGGUUCUCAAUGGCGAAGUGCUUGUCAUAGAUUUUUCCCUCCUAUUCCUUGUCUUCCUUUUGAACGUCAUCGGAGUAGUGGUUGUGUGGAAGAAUCGUAUUGAGAGGGGCAAAGAAAAUUUCUAUAGCCUCCACUCAUGGCUGGGCCUUCUGUCGCUUUUCUUGUUUGGAAUUCAGUGGACUCUGGGAUUUUUAACCUUCUAUUAUCCUGGGGGAUCAAGAAACGGUCGAGCUAGCUUGUUAGCUUGGCAUGGAUAUUUGGGACACUACAUCUAUGGUCUUUCUGUUAUUACCUGUGUGACUGGUUUUCUAGGGAGGGCGACAUCCCUUCAAACACAUGGGACAAUAUCUCGCUAUUCAACCGAAGCCAUUCUGAUAAAUUCAAUGGGUGUUUUAACUCUGGUUUUAGCCGGUUUUGUGAUUCUUGGAGUUCAAUCCCCUGUGUACAGAAAUGGUGAUAAACUCGACAGCACAGGAAAGCCGGUUUUCGAUCUUUGACUUGGACAACGACUGCGCUGUCCUUUUGCUGCUAAAGUCGCAUUUAUACAUAUGGCUGUUUUUUUUAUUCAAGUCCUAAACAAUAUGUUUGCGCUGUUGGGUUCCGUACAAUAUGGCCCAGGCCAUUUUUGGUCCUUUUUGGAUGAAGUUGUUUAAGACUAAAAAGAUCAAUUUUUAAUCAUAUGUUAAGACCAGAAAGAUCAAUUAAUUCA